CGACAGAAGAAGCUGCAGCUGUGUUGACAGGAAGAGUGUUUGCUUUUGACAGUCCAGUUGCUGUCUGCAAACAUGAGUGUCCCAGACUACAUGCAGUGUGCUGAGGACCAUCAGACCGUCCUGGUGGUGGUCCAGCCCGUGGGCAUCGUCCCAGAGGACCAGUUCUUUCGUAUUUACAAACGCAUCGCUAGCGUGAGCCAGGUCAGCAUACGAGACUCCCAGCGGGUCCUCUUCAUCCGUUACCGUCACAAUUACACCCCUGAGAACAACGAUUUGGGGGACUUUCAAACCCACCGCAAAGUCGUGGGUCUCAUCGCCGUGACCAGCUGCACCACGGCCAAAGAGUGGCCGCAGACGUCGGACCGUUUCCACGGGCAGAAGGAAGUGUUCGGCUCCACACUGUACGACUCGCGGCUGCUGGUGUUUGGGAUGCAGGGUGAGGUGGCUGAACAGCAGAGGACUGAUGUGGCAUUUUACCCCAGCUACGACGACUGUCCUGACAUGGAGAAACGGGUGGAGGAUUUCGUAGAGUCCAUAUUUAUCAUCCUGGAGUCGAAAAGGCUGGACAGAGCAACUGAUAAAUCCGGCGAUAAGAUACUACUGCUGUGCGUGCCGUUCGAGAAGAAGGACUUUGUGGGGUUGGACACAGACAGCAGGCACUAUAAGAAACGCUGUCAGGGCCGCACGAGGAAGCAUGUGGGUGAUCUAUGUUUGCAGGCGGGCAUGUUACAGGACGCCCUUGUCCAUUAUCACAUGGCUGUGGAGCUGCUGCGAUCAGUCAAUGACUUCCUCUGGCUGGGUGCUGCUCUAGAGGGUUUGUGCUCUGCAUCUGUCAUCUUCCAUUACCCAGGAGGCACAGCAGGGAAGAGUGGAGCUCGCAAACCCGGAAUCUCAUCCGCUGCAGACGCCGGAAAGAGACACAGACCUGGCGCUCAGGAAGUUCUCAUUGAUCCAGUAGGUCCUCGUGGUGGCGCGGUUACUCGCCUCAAUCCGGGUGGCCGAGGACAAGUCUCAGUUGCCUCCGCUUCUGAAGGCUGCGUGCUAGGUGCUCUGACGACCAAUGGGAUCAGUGCAGACACAAGUACUGAGAUUGGACGAGCCAAAAACUGCUUGAGUCAGGAGGAUAUCAUUGAGAAAUACAAGGAGGCCAUCUCAUACUAUGGCAAGUAUAAGAGUGCUGGGGUGAUCGAGCUGGAAGCCUGCAUUAAGGCUGUCAGAGUUUUGGCAAUUCAGAAGCGAGCCAUGGAGGCGUCAGAAUUCCUGCAGAAUGCUGUUUACAUCAACCUGGGCCAGCUCUCAGAAGAGGAGAAGAUCCAGCGUUACAGUGUUCUCUCGGAGCUCUACGAGCUCAUCAGCUUCCACCGUAAAUCAGCGUUCUUCAAGCGUGUUGCUGCCAUGCAGUGUGUCGCCCCCACCAUCCCUGAGCCGGGCUGGAAGGCCUGUUACAAACUCCUGCUGGAGACCCUGCCGGGAUACAGCCUCUCUCUUGACCCUAAAGACUUCAGCAAAGGAACACAUCGUGGAUGGGCGGCAGUGCAGUUACGUUUACUUCAUGAGCUAGUUUAUGCGUCUCGUCGGAUGGGGAACCCGGGACUGUCAGUCAGACAUCUGUCUUUCUUACUGCAGACCAUGCUUGAUUUCCUCUCUGACCAGGAGAAAAAAGAAGUGACCCAGAGUUUAGAGAACUACACGUCAAAGUGUCCGGGUGGAAUGGAGGUGAUUAACCUUCCUGAUGGACUCGCACUUCCUCCUGUUCCAUUCACCAAGCUGCCUAUCGUCAGAUCCGUAUCUCUGCUUAACCUGCCGGUGAGUCUGCGUCCUCAUAAGGUCAAAGGACUUCUGGGACAGGGGAUGUCCACCGCCAGUCCAUUCAUCUACUCGCCAAUCACAAUGCACAGCAGAGGAGAUGAGCACUCCAAGAAGAUCGAUUUCCAAUGGGUGCAGGGUGACGUGUGUGAGGUGCAGUUUAUGGUCUAUAACCCUAUGCCAUUUGAGCUACGAGUAGAGAAUAUGGGUCUGUUGACGUCAGGUGUAGAUUUCGAGUCCCUGCCGGCUGCUCUGUCGUUGCCAGCCGAGUCUGGCCUCUACCCGGUUACUUUGGUUGGAGUUCCACGCACCACAGGGAACAUCACCAUCAACGGUUACCAUACAUCAGUGUUUGGGGUGAACAGUGACUGUCUGCUGGAGGGUCUGAUUGGGGUGAAAAGCAGCGGCUGUAUGGUGGAGGUCGUGCCAUCACUCCCACGACUACAACUCAGCACGUCCUUACCAAGGUCUGCACAUCUGUCCAGUGAAGAUCUGUCUAGCAGUGUGUCCAUACAACUAUUUAAUGGAGAAAAACAAGAGCUGACCAUCACGCUGGAGAACAUUGGCACAGAGACGCUGAACACACUUGAGCUGACGUCUAAAACACUCAGCACUAAAGAGAAGUUGUUCGGUGAAUUUUUGAGCUGGGACCUGCAGGAUGCUCUGUCUCGCCUGCCAUUGAAAUCUGGUCAGUCUGUGUCUAUCCCUGUCAAGAUUCAGGCCAAACUGGACUUCUGUGGUCAGGAGAACCUGUUACAUGACCUGAACGAUGAUGGUAUCAGUGUAACAGGUCUGCCAGUAUCCAGUCCACUGCGACAGGUCCUAAAGCCAUGCUCUGAAAAUAAGCCUGCCGGCACUGACGCCAACAAGAACGAAUACAACCAUGUCAAGACGCUGGAGGCGGUUUUGACCUUUAAAUACAGUGGAGGUGCUGGGCUGGUGGAGGGGUAUUACCGUGAACUCAGUCUGGGAGUCAGAGUGGAUGUUGAAACUUCAGUGUUCUUCACAAGAGUCAGCACUCUACCUGCCAACAGCACUCGUCAAUGUCAUCUGUUGCUGGACGUGUUUAACUCAACAGAACACGAGCUCACACUCUCUGCCAAGAACAACCAGCACCUAGUGCUACAUGCCAGCGAGUGUCAGAGGAUGGCUAUUCAGGUGGAUAAGUUUGACUUUGACAGCAUGCCUGUGACGGAUCAUGAUGCAUUGUGGCUGGCCACUGUUCGCCAACAGGAAGAGAAGAGACAACAGGUGCAGGGAGGAUUCAUCAACAGCACACUGGACAUCCACUGGACCAUCUCGUCACUGCAGCGUCAUGGAGAGGCCAGUGUGGAGGGCAUCCUCAACCAACUCAUACUAGAACAUCUGCAGCUGGCUCCUCUACAGUGGGAUGUUGUGGUUAACGGUAAGCCAUGCGAUUGUGACAUAGUCGCUGACUGCAUUGUCGGAGAUGCUGUGCCAAUAGAGGUGAAACUGACCAAUCGCAGCAAGAGUGCUGUUGGCCCGUUCUCUCUGACUGUCAUCCCCUUCCAAGACUACCAGAACGGAGUCCAAAACUACGACCUUCAGGAUGCAGUCACUUUCAUCGGUUCCAACACUUUCUACAUUAGCUCGGUGAACCCUGCAGAGAACUCUGUCUGUAUGGGAGCACUGCUCUUCUUAAACACUGGAGAUUUCUACCUGAACAUCAAGUUUCAAGACGACAGCACGGGCCGCGACUUGCCGCGUGCCUGGUUCUGUUUACCCAGCGUCCACAUCAAAGCACAGGAGCAAAUCGAAGCGGCCGCCUGAGCUGGUGACAACUAACCUUUGACCUGAAUGACUUAGUAGGCUUAAAUAGGACCUUUUGUCUCUUAAGGGAUAUGCUGUUAUCAAGAUGACUACUGAGCUGCUCUAGAUGUCGUCAACAUUCUAGAGCAAGUAAAAUCUUAUUUAUAAAGCUUUUAGAGUAUGGAGACAUUUAACUUAAUGCCAAAUAUGAUGCUUUAAGGUCAGUUUGAUGGUUAAGAACCUAUUAUGGUCAUAGUGUCACUGUGUUAGGUCUCUUUAGAUACCUCCAGGCGAUCACAAAAAUAUUAACCGUUCAGUGGCAUUCUUACAAUUUAGUCUUGAAAGUUCCAGUGACUUGAAAUCUGACUGUUUGACAUGUAAUUGUUUGAGUAUGUUAUUUCGGCGAAAUGCAGAAUAUGCUACACGUAACUUUAUGCUUUGUAGAGAGUUAAAUAUUUUUUACAAUGUGACAUUAUUUAGCAAACUUUAAUUUUGUAAUUCCCAUUAUUCUAAACUCUAGAUUCUCAUUACUGUAAUACUUCUUACUAAUAAAAUGAGUUUAUUUAAAUCAGUAUAAAUUAUAGGCAGUACAAGAAAUACUACCAUGAUGUACUUGACAAAUUACAUUUCUUUUUUUUUGUUUGUUUUUUUUUUUUUUGCAUUACAGUAAUCAGAAUUUGAAGGGAAAAUUAAUUGUCAUGAAAAUAAUCACAAAUUGCAAAAAAAAAAAAAAAAAAAAAUAUUUGGAUUGUUGGUCCAAAAAUUUGCCAUAAUUUUCAUUAGGAAAAUAAAUAUUUUAUAUUUAUUUCUUUGGAUUUUGGCCUGAAAAAUUCACAUCAAUCAGUUACAGUGAUACUUAUUAACAAAAAAUUAUUAAACAUUAAUAUUUCCAUUGAAAAUAAAUAUGGAUAUCUCUCAAAAUACAUAUUAAGAGUUUUUCAGAAUUUUACAUUUCCCAAAAUUAUAACCAAAAGUUAAAAAAAAUAAAAAAAAUAAAUAAAUAACAUUCUGGUCUGGACAGACAGGUUAUGAAUACAGAAUGUUCAUCUGCUUAUGCUAGUUUUGUACUCAACCAAAAGCACGUCUCACCUGUUCCAGGAAUUGCGAUCAUUUUUCUGAGGUAAGCUUUCUAGCAACCAGUGGUUGCUGGAAAUGUGUUAUUAAUGCUGUUGUUGCUAUGUGCUCCAUUGGUGAGUAUACAAGAGGUGGUUUAGAAGGUCUGAAUUAAUGUUCUUCAAUAGCAAGAGAUUGCAGUGGCUGUAAUUAAAUUAGCAUUAAAUGUCCACACAGGGAUUCCACUGCUGAGUCACCCCAAAGUUACAAUAUUCCAUCCAAAAACAUUACGUCUCCUGGGACAAUUUGUUUCAAAAUAGGGUUUUUUUAACAGGGUUAUUAACUGCAAAGGUAAUUUUCUUUUAAAUAAUGAUUUAUUUAAAGGUACAGAUGGUACAACCAGAAUAAAGAAAAAAAAUAGUAAUAAUCUGAUUUUUUUUCCCCAGACCAAGUUACCAGUUAUUAA